GCGGGUCCGCCUUCCCUGGUGUGGUGUGUGGGUCGCCUCUACGUUUUUCGAAGGAGCCGAGGGAGUCCUCGCCUCCCCUCGCGCGGAGGUGCCUGCGGCGCUGCGACAGGCGGGACGGCGCGGGGCUGGGCCGAGCCGGGGGAGCGCCUAUAUACUUCUACAGUCUUCCUGGGUAAUUGGAAAUUUCAUCAUCUCAGGUGUUUGGGCCAAACAUCUUGGUGUUUCAUCCCACGUCUAAUUUGUCAGCAAAUCCUAUUGACUACCUUUGAAAGGCAUCUGCAAUCUGACUACUUAUCACCUGCUACCACCAUCUGCUCCAAGACACUAUCAUCUCUAGCUGUGUUAUUGCUGGGACCUUCCGCUCUGCCUGCCUCCUCGGGACACGCUCGGAGACCCAGUGAUGGCCCACAAGCGGCUUCUUCCUGGGCCCCAGGUCUUUGUUUCCUUCGAGGAAGUGGCCGUGCUCCUUUCCCAAGAGGAGUGGGGCCAUCUGGGCCCUUCUCAGAAGGGGCUCUACAGGGAUGUGAUGCUGGAAACCUAUGGGAACCUGGUCUCGCUGGGACUUCAAGGUUCCAAACCUGAUGUCAUCUCCAAGCUGGAGCAGGGGGAAGAGCCAUGGGCCCCACACUCACCAAGAAUUGAGGGGAGCUGGAUCUGGAGACACAGGCAUGCAGGUUAUGUGUCUAGGAAGGAAAAAAAAGAAUUGACUCCAAAGCAGGAAAUUUCUGAAGAAAUGGAAUCCCAGAGAACAAAAUUAGAAGAGCAUGUAAGGAACAUUUCCAAGGAAUCUGAUUUUGAAGAGAUGACUAAAACUGAGGGAAAGCUAAAGAAUUGCUGGGGGAAAUAUGCAGUGGAGGGACUUAAGAAGGAUUUCCCCCAGAAGAGUAAUUUCAGGCCAGUGACAGUGACACAUGUGAAAACCCCCUUGGGGAAAAGAAGUCCAAAAUUCAGUGCAGCUGAGGUAAACUGCGCUGCAGACGCAAGUUCUGUCAGAAACUGCAGGCUGUCUUCAGGGAAAAGUCUCCACCAGAGUGUGUCAUGUGUAGAAAACUUCCAAACAAGUAAGGACCUCACUAACCUCCAGAGUUUCUGUGUAGGAGAACAAGCCUGUCAGGCAGAUGUGUUUAUGAAAGUGCCCGGGCAGAGUUCAGUUUUCAGUGAGAACCAGAGGAUUAACAGUCCAGAAAAAGCCUUUGAAAAGUGUGCUAUGUGUGGAAUAGCUUUUGAUCAGAGCAGAGCUCUCAUUCAGCACCGGAGAAUUCACAGUGGAGAGAAGCCCUGCGGGUGUGAGGAAGGUGGCAUAGCUUCCCAUGCCCGUCCCUACGCCAUGCAGCACUGUAACACUUACACUGGAGAAAGACCCUGUGAGGCUAACGAAUGUGAGAAAGCUCUUAGCACAUGUCCAUCUUACAUUCAGCAUUGUAAAGUUCACACUGGGGCGAAGCCCCAUCAGUGCAGUCAGUGUGGAAAAGCCUUUAGUCAUAGCUCUAACCUGAUCCAUCAUCAGAGAGUGCAUAGUGCAGAAAAGCCGUACAUGUGUGUGGAAUGUGGGAAAGCCUUCUGGAGACAGUCACACCUCACUCAGCAUAAGAGAACCCAUUCUGGAGAGAAACCCCAUGACUGUGCUGAGUGCGGCAAAGCCUUCAGCGCACGAUUGUCUCUCAUUCAACAUCAGAGAACUCACACAGGAGAAAAACCCUAUGAGUGUAAUGAAUGUGGAAAAUUCUUUAGCCUGAACCGAACCCUUAUUGUUCAUCAGAGAAUCCACACUGGAGAGAAACCCUAUAGGUGUAAUGAAUGUGGAAAAUCCUUCAGUCAGCGCUCACAAGUUAUUCAACAUAAGAGGGUUCACACUGGAGAGAAGCCUUAUAUCUGCAAUGAGUGUGGGAAAUCCUUCAGUGCUCGCCUGUCCCUCAUCCAGCAUCAGAGAAUUCACACUGGAGAGAAACCUUAUGGGUGUAAUGAGUGUGGGAAAACCUUCAGUCAAAAGGGACAUCUUAUUCAGCAUCAGCGAAUUCACACUGGAGAGAAGCCCUAUGAGUGUAAUGAGUGUGGAAAAGCUUUCAGCCAGAGGUUUAAUCUCAUUCACCAUCAAAGGACACACAAUGGCGAGAGGCCCUACGAGUGUAACGAGUGUGACAAAGCCUUCAGUGUUCUCUCCUCCCUUGUCCAGCAUCAGAGAGUGCACAACGGAGAGAAGCCCUAUGAGUGCCACAGCUGUGGGAAGGCCUUUAGUCAGGGCUCACAUCUCAUCCAGCACCAGAGGAGUCACACUGGAGAGAAGCCCUACGAGUGUAGCGAGUGUGGGAAAACCUUUGGUCAGAUAUCCACCCUAAUUAAGCAUGAGAGGACACACAAUGGGGAGAAGCCCUAUGAGUGCGGCGACUGUGGGAAAGCUUUCAGCCAGAGCGCACACCUCAUCCGCCAUCGAAGAAUUCACACUGGGGAGAGCCCUUACACAUGUAGUGACUGUGGGAAGGCCUUCAAUGUCCGCUCCUCCCUCAUUCAGCAUCUCAGGGUUCACACCGGCGAGAAGCCUUAUAAGUGCAGUGAGUGUGGCAAGGCCUUCAGCCAGCAUUCACAGUUUAUUCAGCAUCAGAGGGUUCACACUGGAGAGAAACCCUACAUGUGCAGUGAAUGUGAGAAAUCAUUCAGUGCACGCUUGUCCCUUAUCCAACACCAGAGAAUUCACACUGGAGAGAAGCCCUAUAAAUGCACUGAAUGUCAAAAAUCCUUCCGACAAAGCUCUCACCUCAUUCGACAUCAGAGAAUCCACAGUGGAGAGCGACCUUACACGUGUAGUAGAUGUGGGAAAACUUACAACCAGAGAAUAUCUCUUAUUAGUCAUGAGAAAGUUCACAGACUCCACGGUGGAGAGCAAGCCCGUCGGUGUGACAAGUGUGGGGAGCUCUUUGGCGCACAGGCAGCGUUCAUGCAGCACCGGAAGGUUCACAAUGGAGAGUGACUCACUCUGUCUGAUACGUUCUUCACAGUUUUACAGCAGGAGAGUUCUACUGAUAAGAAAGCUCACUUUAUGACUUUCCUUUUGGAAAUCCAGCUCUUAAGGAAUUAAACUAUCUCCCAAUGUGCUGCUCACUGAAGGCAGGCUGCUGAAUUAUGUGGUAAACGUUCCAAGGUAACAUGCCUUCCCUCAGACCCAGAGGAUGGCUCUCUGCUUGAGUGUUUUAAAUGAAUGCAACUUUAUACUUUCCUAGGUCAUGUUUUUAUAGCACCAGACCUUAGUGUACAGUUAGGUGUUUCAUUUGGCCCCUGCCUUUCUUUUCUUUCCUCUUCAUCAUCUAUUUCAGCUUCAGGAAAAGUAACUGGGGUCCUUGGACUUUCGAGUGUGAUGGAACUGGGUUGGGGUUUUCUUAUGUGUUUGUUUAUAGGGCCUUUUCAAAAUGUUUUUGUUCUAUUGUGAAGGGUAUGAUACCUUUAACUUCAAAAGGGUUGUCCCUUUUCAGCAUCCGGUAAUCCACAGAGGUGAGAAGACAUAUGAGUAUAAGCAGAGUUUGUUAAGGAAUGAGGUGAGGCUUGUGUGUAGAUUCAAACUGUUAAGAUCGUGCUAGGAAGUCAAGUGACUCAUGUAAACUGGGGUUUCCUACAGGGUAAUUUGAAAACAAAAAACCCCAUGAAUUGGAGGGGUGGAAUAGGCAUAAAGUAGACACAGGCUGGCGUGGGACCCGGGACACAGCUUACAGAUUCUGUUGGUAUAUUCUAGAUCCACUUCUAAGGGAGAGGAGGUGAGUGGUUGGAGCUGUUCCCUUUCACUGGGCUGCUUCGCACUGAGCACACUCUGGUGAGGGCAGGUCCUCCUGCUGCCAGAGGACAGGACUCCAGGUGAGGCAGGGACACAGCAUUAAGCACCUUUUCAUGGGUAGGUUAUCGUGCAGGCUGUUUGUCAGCCUUGGACCCCUGUCUGCAUGCUGUAAACAUGCUUUUGUUCCUCCCAGGAGCUGUAUUAAUCAGUGGUGUCUCAGUGCCCGUGGUCUUCCCACCUGAUGCUUGAGGUGAUGCUAAACAUCCUGGGAGCUGAUUUCCUGAGCACAGUCUUCAGAGUGGCUGCCCCUGGUUCAUCACGUGUGGUUCACUCCAGUGUUCCUCAGAACCCCAUUCUCCAGAAGUUUCUAUGGCACUUCCUUCUGUUUUUGUGGAGGAAGGAUUAGCAUCAAAAUGGGCUGAAAAAGGGUUAUAAAUAUGAGAGAUUCAGCAGAAGGAGUCUGUGAGAGACAGUUCUAGAAACAAAUCUGGCAAUUGAAAGUGGCUGUUGAGAGUCUGAUGAGAAGCUGGUACCGUGUGUGAACCCUUGAGAAGGGACUAACAGGAUCUGGGACGGGCUGUAGUGGCAUGGCGCGUUAUGAAUAAGGCAGGGUAAGAAUGGAGUGAAAGAGGAGCAGUGAAUUGCUUAAUAGCUGGACAUUCUAUUCCUUUAUAGUAUCCUUUUCAAUGAUAAGUUUAUUCCUAUCUUCCUGCUUUAUUAAAGAAACUUUCUCUUAGAAGUUAACUGACCUUUUUUCCUUAUGUUUAUUUGACCUAUGGCUCAGGCGUUAUUUUCCAGGCUCUUGUCUAUAUAGCGGUAGUAUUGGUCUUUACUCGUUUUAGAAUUUUGAGGAGCUGAUUGAAAAAUCUGCCUCUUAAUGAUACUUCACUUAAGUACA